AGAAAAUGGCGGAAAAUUUAAAAGGCUGCUCCGUCUGCUGCAAGUCGUCGUGGUCGCGGCUGCAGGACCUGUGCCGGCUGGAGCGCGUGCGGUGCCGGGCGCUGGGCGUCACCCGCCGCAACCUGGGGGACUUCGAGGUGGAGUACCUCUGCGACUACAAGCGCGUGCGGGACGAGGAGUACUACCUGGUGAAGUGGCGGGGGUACCCCGAGGCCGCCAACACCUGGGAGCCCCGCAAGAACCUGCGGUGCCGCGGGCUGCUGAAGCAGCUGCACCAGGACCUGGCCCGCGCCCCGGGGGGGCCGGUGCGGCCUGGCCCGCGGGGGCUGCCUGCCCGCACCGCCUCCUACCUGGUGCAGAAGGCGGAGCAGCGCCGGGCCCUGCGGCGCUGGGAGCGGCUCCUCAACAGCACCCGCAGCCACCGGGGCCGCAUCGCCGUGGAGAAUGAGGUGGACUUGCACGGCCCCCGGGACUUUGUCUACAUCAACGAGUACAAGGUGGGGGCCGGCAUCAGCCUGACGCCGGUGGCAGUGGGCUGCGAGUGCCGCGACUGCCUGGCAGAGGCGGCGGGCGGCUGCUGCCCCGGGGCCUCCCGCAACAAGUUCGCCUACAACGAGGCGGGGCAGGUGCGCAUCCGGGCGGGGCUGCCCAUCUACGAGUGCAACUCGCGGUGCCGCUGUGGCGCCGACUGCCCCAACCGCGUGGUGCAGAAGGGCAUCUGCUACGACCUCUGCAUCUUCCGCACCGGCAACGGCCGCGGCUGGGGCGUCCGCACCCUCGAGCGCAUCCGCAAGAACAGCUUCGUCAUGGAGUACGUGGGGGAGAUCAUCACGUCGGAGGAGGCGGAGCCGGGGCAGGUGUACGACCGGCAGGGAGCCACUUACCUCUUCGACCUGGACUACGUGGAGGACGUCUACACCGUGGACGCCGCCCACUACGGCAACAUCUCCCACUUCGUCAACCACAGCUGCGACCCCAACCUGCAGGUGUACAACGUCUUCAUCGAGAACCUGGACGAGCGGCUGCCGCGCAUCGCCCUCUUCGCCACCCGCCCCAUCCGCGCCGGCGAGGAGCUCACCUUCGACUACAACAUGCACGUGGACCCAGUAGACGCCGAGAGCACCCGCAUGGACUCCAACUUCGGGCUGGCGGGGGGGGGCCUGGGGGGCUCCCCCCGGGCCCGGGGCCGCAUCGAGUGCAAGUGCGGGGCCGCCGCCUGCCGCAAGUACCUCUUCUGAGCCACACAUCGCCGGGUGCAAACAUGCUUGUUGAACGCAGUGGGGGGUCUGUG